AUGACAGCGUUCCCAUCGUCUGCUCAUAUGGCUACGUGUGGCCUCUGGACGUCGCCGUCUUUUUCUCCCCGCCGGCGGUUCUGUAGCUUUUCUUGCAGUCGCCGAUCUCUCUCUCCGGUGUUCAGAUUCGGUAAAGAGCGUAUCUCACGAAGAGUCUCCUGCAGGUACGAGGAGAAGGAGAGGGAUCGGCCUCAAUCUUCGGGAAUUCAGGUCUACGGCGAGAUCGAGAGGUUACUGACGGAGACUGUUAAACAAUCUCAAAGUAGUUCCGCUGGAUCCUCUGACUGGUCAGAAGUCGAGGGAGCAUGGGUGAUCAAACCGAGAAACUCGAAACCAAAAAUGGUUGUUCAUUUCAUUGGUGGUAUAUUUGUUGGUGCAGCUCCCCAGCUUACCUAUCGAUUGUUUCUUGAGAGAUUAGCAGAGAAGGAUGUCUUGGUUAUCGCCACGCCCUAUGCUAGUGGCUUUGACCACUUCCUUAUUGCAGAUGAAGUACAAUUUAAGUUUGAUAGAUGCUGCCGAUAUCUACAAGAAACAGUGCAUGAUCUUCCAUCUUUUGGGAUCGGUCAUUCACUGGGAUCCGUCAUUCACCUUCUAAUUGGAUCAAGGUAUGCUGUGCAGCGAAGUGGGAAUGUUUUUAUGGCAUUCAACAACAAGGAAGCAAGCUUAGCUAUUCCUUUGUUCUCCCCAGUUCUUGUCCCGAUGGCUCAAAGGCUUGGACCACUGUUAUCACAGGUAGCAACAUCCCCAACUGUCCGCCUUGGGGCAGAGAUGACCCGAAAGCAAUUAGAAACUCUUAGUCCUCCCAUCAUGAAGCAAAUUCUACCAUUAUUGGAACAGCUCCCUCCCUUGUACAUGGACUUGGUAAAGGGAAGAGAAGAUUUUAUUCCAAAACCAGAAGAAACAAGACGCCUUAUAAGAUCUUACUAUGGAAUCUCUAGGAAUCUGUUGAUAAAGUUUGAGGAUGAUUCAAUAGAUGAAACAACAAUCCUAGCUCAGGUGCUUGGCGUGGAAUCAUCAAUAACCUCAAAGCUAGACAUGUCUAUCCGUACACUGCCAGGGGAUCACGGCCUCCCUCUGCAACAGGCUCUUCCGGAUGUUCCACCAGCAAUGGUAGAAGCGGUGAAUAGAGGAAGUGAGUUUUUGACGAAUAUUGCUGUUGGGACCCCAUGGGAAUCUGUGGCUAAAGAGGUUGGAGGUUCACUGGGAAAGGACUCAAAGAUCCUUCGUGCUGAAAUGUCCAAAGAUCUCGCCCUGCUUGUCGAUGCUGUUACUUCUUGGAUGGAUUCAAAUAUGGGUCCAAAACUUUUGAGACCAUAA